AUGGAUUACGAUUUUUAUGCAGAAAAAUAUCAGAUAAUAAUAAUAAAAACGCGGAUACAUCAAAAGAAGGAAAUAAUAAUCAAGAAAUACAAUAUUGAAUGGACGCCGAAACGUGGAACUUCUACUGAACCCCCACCUCCGCAAACCUCUCACCCUUCUAACCCCUCCUCUGCAGCGGCAAGUGGUGCUCCUUAUUAUCUUUCAUGUGGUGUUUGUCGUUGGGACUCUCAAGAAAUAGGGAUGACAUUUGAAAAGGCAACUGGAUUAGCAUUACAACUUCAAAAAACUGAGGACGAAAGACCUGAUGUGAAAGAAUUUGAUCAUCUUAAAGAUCAUUUUGAGAAGCAUUUACGUCUCAGUGCUCCAUCUACUACACUUCCAACUUCAUUAUUGUCGAUUCCAGGCAUAAGCAGUUUCAGCAAUCGAUAUGGUGGUAGUGGAUUAGCUCACCCACAACAAAAGUCUGAUGAUGUUGCAAAAUAUGAUGCCAUUGUAAAAGUUGAUAAUGAUGAUAGUUUGGUUCAUGAUUUAGUUCAAUUGAAAGAUGUCAAUCAGAUUACCACAUUGACACAGAGAAUGAAUCAGCUUAGUGACCAACCAUACAAAGUGGAGCGUCUUCAACCUCAACGUAUACAUCUUCGAACAAAACGCGUAAAACGAUGUCGUUCGUGUCGUCAUAUUCUUAUCAAACCUGAACAAAAAGCUCAAGCCACCAGAUUUAAAAUUAAACUUGUUGCCCUAAAUAGUAUUCCAAAAAUUACUAUAACAAGUUUGCCAAAACUUAUUCUCAACCAACAAACAAAAAUCAUACUAAAGUUUUCUAACCCUUUAUAUGAAGAAAUCAUAGUUGAUUUGGCUUUAAAAGAUGAAACCACUGAAUAUGCCAAGAUUACAUUACUUGCCCCACAUUUCAACAUAACUCCUUACAAUGAAGUUUGGGAAUAUGAACAAGACUUCAUUACUUCAAAAGGUCGUCCACUUUCAAUUACAAGUGCACCAAAAGUUGAUGCUGGUAUUUACGAAAGGCGUGGUAAUUAUACUAGUGUUGUAAUUGAAAUAACGCCAUUGGCUGAAAUCGACGAACUUAAGGUAACUUAUGUAAGCAAAAUUAACGAUAGUAAUGAUAAUGAAACUUCCGGGACUUCUGGAGAUGCACCAGCUGGCGACUCAUCAACUACUACUGAGACAGCGCCAUCUGAUAAACAGAAUACUGAUAAGGAUGAUUCUACUUCAUCUACAUCAACUACAAAAAGUUUGUCUUUUUGGACCGUUAUUGGAUUGGGACCUGUGGUAAAUCAAGCUACAGUAGGGUCACGACCCAAACCCUAA